AUGUCCAAUCUGCUUCUGGUUAUUGCUUUCAGUAACAGAGCCUUCUGUUACAGCCAAUUGGAGCUGCACAGGCACGUAAUUGAGGAUCGUGACCGAGCGCUUCAGCUUGACCCCGCCCGUCUUACAUUCCCAAAGAAUAACAGAGAAAGAGUCAAAGUGACAAAUGCUUUGUCUUUGAACUUAGCACCGGCUUAUUCUGUCAUUCGUGCGGUUUCUUCUUUGGGAAGGAAAGGAGAUGCUGUGUUAGUAUGGGAGCAAGGUUAUGAACACGCGCAGCAUCAGUCUUCAGAUUUGAAACUAUUGCUAGAACUUGAAGAGCUUUUGACGACCGCAAAACAUGGUAACAUUUCGUUUGAAGAUGGAGAAUCUAAUAAAUCUGACAGCCAAGUGAAUGGAAGCCCUGACAUUAUUGAUGAAUUUAGUUAUAAUUCUGAAAGUGACACAUCAGAAUCACGUGAUAAUGAUAAAACAGCCAAAUAUCCUGAAGCACUGAUAGGAAGAGGGACAGCAUAUGCUUUCAAGCCAGAACUUGAUGCUGCUAUAGCUGAUUUGUCAAAGGCAUGGAAGAGGAGACGUCAGGCUCGGGCAGCCUUGGGGGAGUUUGUUGAGGCUAUUGAAGAUUUAGCUAAGGCAUUAGAGUUUGAAUCCAACUCAGCAGAUAUUUUACACGAGAGAGACAGGGAUAAUAAGUCUGCCUACACAUAUUUGGGUUUAGCAUUAUCUUUAAUUGGUGAAUAUAAGAAAGCUGAGUAUGCACAUCUAAAAUCACUUCAAAUUGAUAGAAUUUUCCUUGAAGCAUGGGCACACCUGACUCAGGUCACGCAUGUCAGUUCUGUCUCUGAUCGUUAUAAUGUUGUUGGUGAGGAUUUCUGGUCAUCUACUUGGUGCAGCAGCGCUGCAUUUGAAGGGAAACAACUUGAGGGGACAAGGAUAACAUUUGUAAAAAUAUGGGAGGAUUAUGAUACAGAAAUGGCAAUGGCAUGGGAAGCUAUCUGCAAUGCUUACUGUGGUGAAAUUACGGGUCUACUGAUUUUGAUGUGUCUGAAAAUUCGGAUUGUAGUCAUACUGGGUUUGUUCCUUGCUGCUAAUAUGGAGUUCACAGGAAGCAUCCCACAAGGUUUGCAGGUUGAUUGGGAAGCCACUUUGCACUUGGAUUCUAAUUCCUUUGUGGAUUCUAUCAAAAGUUGGCUAUACCCAUCUGUGAAGGUAACAACCUCAUGGAAAGACUAUCAUGAUGUAGCAUCAACGUUUCCAACAACAGGGUCGGUUGUUGCUGCCUUGAGCGCUUCUGACGAUUGA